AUGAAUACUUCAAGUAUAAAACUGUUUUUAAUUGUCACCCUAUGCGUGAACUUAUGGAUAAGUCUGAAAAACUGUACUACUUCCGCAAAUUACCCAGGUUUACAUGUCUUAAUGGGACUUUUACCUAUAAGACAGCAAGUACAGAAAGCUGAAAGUGUAUCUAGAGAAAUAACUGCAGCACCCAUUGAAGACGUAACUAUGUCCAACAAUCAAACUCUCUCCUCUAUUGUUGGAAAGAGUGGGUUUUCUCCUAGCGAUAGCGUUUCUCAUGUAUUUUUCUUAUGUUUAUGUAAACCUAGAGCAUUAGCUCUGCAUAUCCCUCUAGCCAGCCAGUAUUCACACGGAUCGAAUAAAACAUAG